AUGUACCUUAUUCCGCUUGGUGAUAUUGCACGUAAUCAUGGUGUUCGUUUCCAUGCCUAUGCUGACGAUUGUCAGCUGUACAUUUCCUUCUCAAAGGUAACUGUCCCCACGAUCAAGUCAAAGAUGGAAAAUCUCCUUGUAGAUGUCAAGAAAUGGAUGACAACUAACAUGCUUAAGUUAAAUGAUGACAAGACAGAAAUAAUUGCUUUAGAUGGUCCUCGUCGUACCCCUGUAGAACUACAGUCUUUGAAAGUUGGUGAUGAGGCCAUGUUCCAUUCCAUGGUAACAUCCAAACUGGACUAUUGCAACGCAAUUCUCUAUGGCCUGCCGCCUGAAGCAGCACUGAAGUACUUAACCAGAGUACAGAGAAUGUCUGCUCGAUUAAUUGCUGAGCGAGGGAAACAUGAUCACAUCACAGAAAUCAUAAAACAACUACACUGGCUUCCGAUUCGCCAACGGAUCCACUACAAAGUUUUAGUGUUGACAUUCAAGUCAAUAAAUGGGUCAGCACCUUCUUACUUAGAAGAGAUUGUUACAAAGAGACCUUUGAAGAGAACAAGAGCUGACGGCAACAAUGAUCUUGUCAUCCCUGUCAUUAAACAUGAGACUUUUGGAGGAAGAUCAUUUGCAUAUUGUGGCCCCAAACUAUGGAAUUCAUUGCCAAAAGAGCUGAAGAAUUGUAAAGAUAUAAACAUUUUUAAGAAACUACUAAAGACAUUCUUAUUUAAGCAAGCUUAUGAACCAUAG